CGCGGGGAGGGGCGGCGCAGCCCCGCGGGCGGCACGCUCGGCCGCGCUCGGCCGGCGCGAUGCUCUUCUCGCUGCGGGAGCUGGUGCAGUGGCUGGGCUUUGCCACCUUCGAAAUCUUCGUGCACCUGCUGGCCCUGCUGGUGUUCUCCGUGCUGCUGGCUCUGCGCGUGGACGGCCUGGCCCCGGGCCUCUCCUGGUGGAACGUGUUCGUGCCCUUCUUCGCCGCUGACGGGCUCAGCACCUACUUCACCACCAUCGUGUCCGUGCGCCUCUUCCAGGACGGAGAGAAGCGGCUGGCCGUGCUCCGCCUUUUCUGGGUCCUCACGGUCCUGAGCCUCAAGUUCGUCUUCGAGAUGCUGUUGUGCCAGAAGCUGGUGGAACAGACUCGGGAGCUCUGGUUCGGCCUCAUCACGUCUCCGGUCUUCAUUCUCCUGCAGCUACUCAUGAUCCGCGCCUGUCGGGUUAACUAACAUCGCAGAGGGGUCGGAGAGGGGGCGCCGGACAGCUGGAAUGCUGGACCUCAAGCCGAGGCCCUACUUGCCCCACACCAGAGGAGAGGUCUUGGUCUGAAGGCAGCGCCUGUUUGUGCCCAGCUGAGUGCCCAGUUUUCUCUAUACCAAUCGUGUCAAAUUUUUCCCUGAACAGGGCUAAAAAGAGCAGCUUUGGUCCUUAAAAUGUAUUUCCUGUUAUUUUCUGCUUUGAGUAGCUAAUCCUGAAUUGAGAUCCGGAGAAGGGCCCCAGGCCAGGCAGUAAUGAACUCCUCUGACGGUUGUAAACUGCAUAUAAGUAAAAUGUCCUGAUGGGUUCUGAGUAUUUUCCACGGAUUCUGGGAAAAUACUCCUGUACAAAGGCUGUGAAAGUGGCCUCAGGGAUUUCCUCCAACCAGCAGCGCUGACCAACUGCUCACUGCUCCAUUCAUCCAGACCAGACUUCGUUAGGUGGUUGAGUGCUUUUAAAAAGUGUAAAUGAGGUUGUUUUUCUUCCUCUGUGUCACGGGGGAGAAUGGCCCUUUCUUCAUUCCAGCCCAGGCAGAGACGGAAGAAUGUUGAAUAAGAUCACAAUUAGGACCCUAUCUGGAUCUCUGUCACCUGAGGAAAGAACUCUGCUGUCCAAACGCUGCCUGGCUUCUAGCCCAGCAAAAGAUUGCAGUUUCACGGGCUUUUCCACCUCCUUGUGGCCAGCACUGUUAGCACACCUGAGACAGAUUUAGGCCUCCCUGAGGGACUGAAGAGAGGAGCAGGUGCUCUGAUGCUCACAGGCAUCGAGAUUGCAAACGGAAUCUUGUAUGUGGUCUAGGUUUGUUGGCCAGAGAGGUCUUUGGUUUGAUGCCAGUCAGAUGCCAAAUGAGAACAUUUGCAGGGUUGAAAAUAAAAUAAGAGAAUGUUUCCUGAAA